ACAAGGUGACGCCUCGCAGACUUCUGCUUGUGUUCAUCUGCAGAGAGGAAGCACAUGUUCGGAGCAAACCUCUGAACUGCACAGACAUGCUAACUCGCUGGCUUGUCACUCAUCUCACUGACGUAUCCCAUCAAAGUGUUUCCUUAUCUGCGCCAGAGGAUUUCUGAGGCGCUUUCAUUCUCUCUCUGCCUUCUGUUGUGCUCGGAGGGCAGCCUUACAGGUUUGUUAAUGGCAUUGUAAGGAUUUUAUGAUCGGCCCUUGUGACCUGGGUGGAUUGCGUAGCCACUCCUUGUGGGUAAAACGUUUUGCGUGUGUGUCUGUGUGUGAUAGAGAGAAACUCCUCUUUACCAAAGUCUCAGAAACAUCGGCGUGCCUCAACAACAGAAAGCUCGUAGGUUUCAGAGAAGUUUAUGUUGGUGUUGGACUGCUGUGCUGGACUUGUGCGCUCUUCCCCCCCAGACGUGUAACAUGGAACUCAGGACACAGUCACCUCUCUGGGCUCUCUUCUUAAUGCUGGGCUUGUUGUCCCAGGUGUGCCAACCGGUGUCUGUCCACUUCCUGGACCCAAAGCCACUGUAUGUGGUCCGAGGGGAAACUCUGGUUCUGCGUACCGAGAUCAACAUCAGGACCAAGCAGGCCUUUCCCACGGUGGUGUGGGAGCACAUGCCGUCCGAUCCCAAGCGCCCCGCACGGGUGAAGGUUGCAGAGUACCCGGGGCAGGCACCAAACCAACGCAUCUUCACAGAAGAGCAGGGUGCUGUGUUAAAGAUCACCAACUUUGUCCAUGACGACAGUGGAGAGUACACCAUCAGCGUGACAGAUCACUUGGGACACAUAGCCUCUGCUCAGCACGUUGUUGAAGAGUAUUUGGCCGUGUACCACGUGUCGGUGAUGGUGAACGUUUCUCAUACCUCGCUGCACUGCAAGGAGGCGUGGGGCACCCAGCCCGUCUUCAGCUGGCUGCAUGAGCAGGCCAAGGUGGACGGCUCGCAGGGCCGUCUCUCGGCCGACAACUCCACCCUCUACAUCACGGCGCGCUUCUGCGGCAAAUUCACCUGUGUGGUCAGCAACAAGCUGGGUCACAGCUCGGCCACCUACACCUCUGAACCGUGUGAGAGGAAAGGGAAUGGUGUAACUGUGGCGGUGGUCUGCCUCUUCCUCUUGCUCAUCGGGGCAGGAGCUCUGCUCUUCCUGCUGUGGAGGCGACGCCGGCAGCACAGGAGCAGAGGAGAAAGACUGAGGGAGUACGACGGCCCCUUAUGAGGACAUCUGGCACACUCACCUACAAGUGUGUGUGUGUGUGUGUGUGUCCUGAGAAACCCCUCUCAGGCACCCAGAAUCUUCAAGGAGGGGUUUCCUGUUUGGGCCUGCAUGGUGACCUCAGAGAACUCAACCACACACACACCCACGCACACAACAUGGAUGUCAGUAUGGAGCUGAUUGCUUGGCUGCAGUUUGAAGUUCUCUGGCAAACAAGUGAACACUUCUCAGACUUCUCCAUUCUUCUGGGCGGUAUUAUUAGCUGCUUAUUUAUAACAAAUUGUGUUAUUUUAGACCAUGAUUGUGUCCAUACUACUGAAUGUGCUAGUAGUUAUGUCAGUGUUGUUCAAUAUCACAACUGUGAAAAGGUCUGUUUUGUGGUGUUUACAAAGUAACCACUGCUCAUUUAAAAAUUGUACUGAUCUGUUGAAGACUUCAAACAAUGGAAAGUUAAAAUUCCCUAGCAUUAAUAGCCUUGUACUUUUAAGACAAAUCAGGACAUGGUUUUGUUGAGCUACAAUGAAGCAUGGUUAGCAUGAUGUUCUUAAUGGUGAGCAUGGUAUGGAGGCAAAGGUAUCAGGCUGGAAUGAUGUAUAAUGUUUUCAGCAUGCAUUGAUCCACAUAGUCAUUUGCAUAUGGCAUGAACACAUUAACUUGUAUCAUGUGGUCUAGUUGCUGAUGGUCAGUUGAUGAUUUUCACCAAUGAUGCCUUGCAUAGAUGUCCGCACAGUAGAUGUCUGAGUUAGUGGUGCUUUAAGCAUACUGUACACCCUGAAACAUUGUGGCUACGGCCGAACACCACCUGUGGGAAUAUCCAGUACCAUUCCUACUCUCACUCAUGCUAGAUUGCUUAAUAAUGCUCUUUGUUCUAGUGAAAGUUUGGAUCUUUAAAAAGACUCAUCUGUUUUAACUUGUAUCUAAUUAAGUCAACUGUCAGUUUGUAUGUUUAUGGUUAUUCUUAUUACUCUGUUACAUUUAAUGUAGUCGAUCACUAAUGUUGGUAUUUUUUAUUUAAGCUAUAUGACUUCUCUUUAAACUGUUCAUUUUAAUGUAAUGCUUAUCAAUGUCAUUGUAAGUUGCUUUGGACAAAAGUGUCUGCUAGGAAGCAUAAACCCAUAUUCAUAAAAAGAAGAUGGAUAUAAUAACUGUCUAUUACUGAUCCUCUGAGAUCUAUAAAGAUAAUUAUGGUCCAGCCAA